AUGUCGUCGUCGAGUCUCAAGAGGAAGGCAAACUCGCCGCCCGACAAUCCACCUGUGAGGAAGAAGUCCUCGGUCAGCGUCAUGGCAGCAGCAGUAGCCUACGGUGGCUCUAUCAAGGUAGCAAAGAAAAGCCGCCCUGGACCAGCUCUCAGAGAAAGCACCUCAAAUCUUGCUCUGGCGAAGAUUGAGCAGAGAGGACCCUUGAAAGAGUUCGGACCAUGGGAGAAGGCAUCGACUGCCAACAGACGGGGACGAACACUUCGUCGCCGCGAAAGCGUGCUGACAGGACACGGCAUGCCACUCCGCCCAGGUCUAGAGCUAGCAGGUACUCAGCUCCAGACCUUGAAAGGUGCAGACAUAGCCUCCAUAAGAGAGGUGAUUCUCCUUCCCACCUCCCUUGCAGUGAUCAAGCCUAACUGGCCAUUCUGCUUCGACAUCAAUUGCACACCUCAGCUUGGCCCAGCCCUUCCGGACCACAUCGCCGAAGACCUCUACCAGAAAUACGUCUGCUCAUCUCCACUCCUGCGACCUGGUAGACUCCCCUACUACCAUAUCGGGACCACCACGAUUGGAUUUCGCCUGCACUUCUACCUCAUCCUCCCCAACGCCGGUGGCCCACCCCACGCAGCCAACACCGGCCACCUCACGGACGAAGCCCUCCAACUCCUCUUCGAUCACUGCGUCUGUCCCGCACUCCAGGCCGCCGAGCCCAAGCGCCGUGGCUUCGGAUCCUGGAUGCAAGCCAUGAACGAAGCCAACCUGAAGCCUCUCAAGUCACGCAAACGCUCAGCGGCACCGGAGAUGCAGGAGGAGAGGAUCCACUGCUUCCAUCUGUCGUCGAUUUGGGAGGCGAUUGAGAGCUGUGAUGACGAGAAUGUGCAGGACCUAUUGCAGGGAGGUAUGUUGGUGGCAUAUGGCGAUGUGGAGGGACAUACAUGGCAUGAAGGGUGGAAGCCGACCUGGGCGGGGUGGAAGAAGGAUUGGGAGGCGGCAGUGGAGAAGAAGUAUCUGAUAGAGGAGAGUAGGAUUUCGGUCAGCAUGGAGCUUGGAGUGGGGAUGAGUGAGGAUGGGAUGAAGGGGGGUGGGCAGAUGAGUCGGUAUGAGAGGAAUAGGGCGAGACAUUGA